AUCUACUUUUAAGUGUCUGUGGGCAAAGCAAAAGUAGGUGGUGAGACGACGAUGUGGCUGAAAUUUUUGCGCCUCCUUUCUGAAUGUCGCAAAAUGGCGGACCGGCCGUUAGAGCAGCAGUUUUAGGGGAGCCUCGUUUGUUCACUACCGAUACUGCAUUUACUAAGAUAUUCUACUCUCCUACAUAUAUUAAUUGUAUUGUCAUCAAAAAGUAUUCGUUGUCAGAUGCAGUGAAGCUGUAGCCAUUGACUCUGAGCCGGCUGUUGUCCACGCGUCGCUUUUCUUGGGGUCGCAGUUUGCGGAGAGUGUUGAUCUGAGCGGCGGACCUUCCCGUGCGCCGGAACCAGCGUCCGAUCGGUGAUCUCCUGCCCAGGAGAAAGCAGCUGCCGCACGCCCCUUCACCUGCCUCCCCCCUUCCCUCCCCAACGCCACCGCCAUGGUGCUCUCACAGAGGCAACGAGACGAACUAAAUCGAGCGAUAGCCGAUUACCUCCGUUCCAACGGCUAUGAAGAGGCAUAUUCAGUUUUCAAGAAGGAGGCGGAAUUAGACAUGAAUGAGGAGUUGGAUAAGAAGUAUGCUGGCCUUUUGGAAAAGAAAUGGACUUCAGUCAUCAGAUUACAAAAGAAGGUGAUGGAAUUAGAAUCAAAGCUGAACGAGGCGAAAGAAGAGAUCACUUUAGGAGGGCCCAUCGCACAGAAGCGAGAUCCCAAAGAGUGGAUCCCCCGUCCCCCGGAGCGGUACUCCCUGAGCGGCCACAGGAGCCCCGUCACCCGGGUCAUCUUCCACCCCGUCUUCAGUGUCAUGGUCUCCGCCUCAGAGGACGCCACAAUAAAGGUGUGGGACUACGAGGCGGGAGACUUUGAGCGCACCCUGAAGGGCCACACAGACUCCGUGCAGGACAUCUCCUUUGACCAGACCGGCAAGCUGCUGGCCUCCUGUUCUGCAGACAUGACCAUCAAGCUCUGGGACUUCCAGGGUUUCGAGUGCAUCCGCACCAUGCACGGGCACGACCAUAAUGUUUCGUCUGUAGCCAUAAUGCCCAAUGGAGAUCACAUAGUAUCUGCCUCAAGGGAUAAAACCAUUAAAAUGUGGGAGGUGGCCACUGGGUACUGUGUGAAGACGUUCACCGGCCACAGAGAGUGGGUGCGCAUGGUGCGGCCUAACCAGGACGGCACGCUGAUCGCCAGCUCCUCUAACGACCAGACGGUGCGCGUGUGGGUGGUGGCCUCCAAAGAGUGCAAGGCGGAGCUGCGGGAGCACGAGCACGUGGUGGAGUGCAUCUCCUGGGCCCCUGAGAGCGCACACCCCACCAUCCAGGAGGCCACCGGCUCAGAGACUAAGAAGAGUGGCAAACCUGGACCCUUCCUGCUGUCCGGCUCCAGAGACAAAACCAUCAAGAUGUGGGACGUGAGCAUUGGCAUGUGCCUUAUGACACUGGUUGGCCAUGAUAACUGGGUGCGUGGAUUGCUCUUCCACCCCGGCGGGAAGUUCAUCGUAAGCUGUGCUGACGACAAGACUCUGCGGAUCUGGGACUACAAGAACAAGCGCUGCAUGAAGACCUUGUGUGCCCACGAGCAUUUUGUUACCUCUUUGGAUUUCCACAAGGCAGCACCCUAUGUCGUCACUGGGAGUGUAGAUCAAACAUUAAAAGUGUGGGAGUGUCGCUGAUGGUAACCGGCCGGACCCCCGCACUGCUCCUCAACCCGCCGCCUCUCUCCCCCUUCCCACCAAAAACCCAUUCCACCCCUGCCCCCCCCACUCCUGCGCUCCACCUUCUCUGGAUGCACUCAAAACUUACCAUGGUUAUUACCCAUUGAGCUCUGGUUAAAUAACUAUUGUCCUUUUAUGUAAAUUAUUCUGGAUGUAGAUUGAGCUAUUAAAUGUUACACGAAAAAAAAGUAUUCUUGCAUGGUGAAUCCAAAAUUGUAUACUGUAAAUUUACAUAACGUUGUCUAGAAGUACCAUAGGGUUUAACACUGGGCCGAACCUUUCACUUCGGUCCGACCUACCGAAGGCAGACGUCGACUGGGUUUAACGUAGGGCACUAAAACUGAUAAUUUAAUGACAGUGUCGUUCUUAUGUGUAAGAUUUAUUUUUGUCUGUCUAUUUUUUUAUUUAGAUUUGUUUGGGUUUUUUUCUUUUUUUUUUUUUUCCACUGUCGUAGUCUGUUGGUGCCUAGCUUGGUGACCUUUUUGAGGGGGGUAAAAAAGACGAUUUAUAAGGAAAAGCUAUAAUCCUUCCUUGGAGAUUUGAUUGUCUGUGGGGCUUGUUAUGAGAACUUUCUCUGUAGCUUUGUAACAUCACUUCUGAAGUGUGUUUACCAUUUCUCUUCUUGUGGAACUAGAUCAUAUUUUAAUGGCUGCAUCUAAGAAUGUUUUCAAAACCUGUUGUCUGGAAAACCCUUAGGGAUUAAAAGCUUUGUGCUCUUGUCAUGACACGUCCUACAGCCUGAAAUCAGUGAAGGAACUGUCACUUUUGAUUAAUUGAAGGACAGAAAAUCCUGAACUGGCGUUUGAGUUUGCCGGCUAGGUUGCAGAGUGAGCAGCGUUAUUCGAUUUGAUCAUUCUUUUUGUUUGUUUUUUUUGGAUUUUUGUUUUUCUGGCCAUAAGCCAUAUUCCUUGAUGCCCAUAGCUUUAUUAUCCUCCCCUCUUUAACUGGAGAUUUAUCUUGACACUGUGGUUGCUGAAUUUUGUAAUCCCCCCCCCCCCAUCAGUACUCGGAGCAUCUUCAGGCAUCAUCACUACACCCCUCUGGAAGACCCUAAUUGGCUUUUGUGUUUGCUCUUUGUAGGCCUCUCUCAUGGCACAGUAGAGGUAUAACUCUAUUAAUGUGGAUACAUUCAUGCUCCCCUCCCCCUCUUCCAUGAAGCGCUUAGCAUACCUCAGCAAAAAAAAAAUCAUGUAAACCUGUUUAGUUCCCCCAGCCCAUUUUUUCUUUUGCUGCUCCAAUGGCAAAUAAGAGAUUAGCUCUGCUAUGUUUCAAGAAUACGUCAAGCCCUUUGUUUUGUGGGGUGAGCGAUGUAAAGCAUGACAAGGAUUCAAAGUUUUCCCUUCUGUGUGUUGGGGGAUGUGCAAAAACGAAUCAAACAAAAACGUCUUUCUUGUAAGCGGGACAAAAACUAAAUAAAAUCUAUAUUGUUAAAAAAAAAAAAAAAAAAACGAGCGAGAGGAAACCAAUUUCUGUGGUGAAAAUUAAAGCUUGUUACUGAGGUGGAAUUUCAAUGCUGUCAUUGAUCAGGCUUACAGGGAUUUGUUUAAAUUAACUUAAAAGAAAGUGAAAUAUUGGUUCCAAUGCCAGCAGUUGCUGUGCUUUUGCGAAUGCCUGUUGUUCUAUGCAGAGAAGCCCAAAGUGAGCGGCGUCUGCCACUUAAUUGGCAUAUUCACCAGGUGACCACAGCGACUCCCUCCCUCCCUCUAAGCCCGGCGCAGCUGAAUCAGUGAGGUUGAGGUUGACUAUGCUGGAGGUUCGGUGAAGGUCCUUUUUAGGCAACGCAAUCGACCAAUGGCCGCCCUUUAAGCGGCACCCAUGGAUUCCCACCCUGCUCAGCCUGCUGUCCCCAUGCAGGGUCAGUGUGAGAGCAGGCGAUGGGAGCUCCUUUGAAAGAAAUCCCAGCCAACAGUGACCAGCUAUUCCUUUCAUUAACUUGACAAAUUAGCACUAGGGGGGGUAAAUAAAAGUCUGUCCAGGACCAGGUGAUAGAAAUAGAAGAGAAUGAAAAUGGAAAACAAAUCAUUAUAAAGGAAUAGAAGUUCAAAUCCAGUUAACUUGCACAUCCCUUCUCUGUUUAGAUCUUGGGGUUUACUUCCAACCCGAAGCUCUAAGAUAUGUAAAAUGUAUUAAUAAAUGCAUAAAACUGAUAUCAUUUUUAAAUUAGCCCUUUUUCCAUUACAAUGCAAUGACAUAAUAAAAAAGAAAUCCACUGCUUAACCAACCUGUUAUCUAGCAAAUGUUCCUGUUGUGUGUACUGGAUGUACCUGCUGAUGCUGCUGCUAAUGAUGAUAGAAUUCCAACUCUGAUAGUGACUAGUCUGAGAUCUGUUCCUGUCGACCAACACUGCUGCAUGCAACAGUACUGAUGAUGGAGCUGUCUGGAUCAGGGGUGUCUGUGGUUCAGACAAGCGUUGAAUGCUAAAGCGUGUGACACUCGUCUCAUACGACUAAAACUCAGGACGCCCUGCUGUGUCAAAGCAGUCAAAUUGACAAGUUUAAUUGUUAAAUUAAAAAAAGUGAAUAAAAUAUGAAAACAAAGCCAACAAGGAAACAAUCCUUCAUCUCUCAUUUAAAAGGGAUGGUUGUGUGUAUGUACAUAGAUGAUAUAAUGCGGUUAGCUAUUUAAUGACUCCAAACUCAAGACACCCCUACCAGAUAGGUCAGCAUGAUGAACUGUGGACAGCUUAAUAUGUGGUUGUAGAAAAGACUUGGUCUCUGUGUGCUGUACAAAGGAGGAUGACUCCUCUGUUUUUAUAUUUUUUAUUUUCUUCCUCCAUUUGUGAUGGGAUUGCGGCAGACUAGAGACUUCCCCACCCCCAAGGGAGGUGUCGUCCUCUCCAACACCACCCCUACCCAAGGAAACACCGUUGAUGCCUCCUGUAGAACAAUAACCUCCUGUUUUGGGAGAGGAUUGCCUCAGAUUGCGUUAGUCAAAUCAUCUCGUUUUGGUUUUCUUGUUUCUCUUAUGUCCUGUCCGUGGCCUGGGUAGAGUACUGGGCCCACUGGCCCGUCACCCUACCUUGUGACCCGCUGGAUAAGGAAGAGAGAACUCAACUGCACCAAAGGGUGCAUGUGAAACGCUUACGGUGAAAGAUGUGCAAAUGUUUCAUGCUGUAAACUCGGAGUACACAUCAAAAACCAAAAAAAAGUGGGAAACAUAGGACACUGCAUUUAGCUAGAUUGCCCUGAUAUCUUUUUCGCUCCUAUUUUCUGUUCUUAUUCACAGUGUCCACAGAUGAUGUUCUACUACAACAACAACAACAUAAAGUCAUCCUUGAAAACCUGCUACUCCCUUGCUGUUGGCAGACUUAAGGAUUAUUUGGGCCAUAGGUCUUAAAACAGAUGAACAAAAGAAAGUUAGUAAACUCUUGAACGAAUUUUCUGACUUGCCUCUUGGAAUCGGAUUUCCCUCUGCUGUGGUUUUUUUUUCGGCCGCAGAGGAUGAAACUUGUUUGGAGGCCGAGUUCUGUUGAAAUGCUUUCACUGGGCAUCAUCAAACAGAGCCGACAGUCUAAAACCCAGGCAUCUGAUCUUGUGCUCCUAUGUGGCCUGGGAGAGAAGGAGGGGGGAAAAGAUUGUGUUUGCCUCUCACAGGUCCCAAGCAAUCCCAGUGCUGCACUCGCUGGCAGGGCUCAUGCACAGACAGGCAGUGGAGACGCCUGACGCAGCGCUGUCUGUGGGUCUGUCCUCCAGCCUAGAGUCAAUCUGUGUGCUCGGCGCGCUUUGUGAAUAGAUUUGAGGGCUUCAGAUUUCACAGCUCUAAUGGGAUUUUUUGCUUUCAUGGUAUCACUGUUCACUCAGCCAAUUGUUAACAAUAUAUCUGGAUGUCAUUGUUUGCAACAUAAUUAAAGAAAAUCUCAAAAUUG